AUGUACAGAAGAUAAAACACAACAAGAAAAUAAAUAGAUCAUUAUAGCUAUCUCUUAAAUGAAGAGAUUGGAAGAGGAUUCAGUAGCAAGGUAUAUAAGGGGAAGGAUGAUGUAUCAUAAGAAGCAGUGGCUGUUAAAGUGAUUGAUAUGAAAAUGAUCAAAUAAUCAAUUCACUCGUAAUUAUUAAAAAAUGAAAUCAAUGCUCUUCGUUCAUUCAAUAGUAAACAUAUAAUGAAAUUGCAUGAUGUCUUUUAAACAUAAAAUAAUACCUAUAUAAUUACAGAAUAUUGUGAUUCUGGAGAUCUAAAUAAUUAUAUUCGUAAAAGAGGAAGAUUAGAUGAAUAGGAAGCAAUAAAAAUAUUAUAAUGUGUAGUUUCUGCAAUAGUAGAAAUGAAUAAAAAAGGUUUUAUCCAUAGAGACAUAAAACCUGCUAACAUAUUAAUUGAUCAUUCAAUUCCGAAAUUGGCUGAUUUUGGUUUUGCUGUUCCUUUGCAUGAAGCAAGAGUUCAAGGCAGAAAUUUCAAUGUUGGAACUCCUCUAUAUAUGAGUCCUUAAGCUUUAAGAUAGUAAGGACAUACAGAAUAGGGAGAUGUUUGGGCAGUUGGAGUUGUAUUUUAUGAAAUGUUAUUUGGAAGAACUCCAUUUAAUGGAUAAUCAGAAGCAGCCUUAAUUUCUAACAUAAUGAAUUAAUCAUUACAUUUGCCAUCUCAUCCAUAAAUCUCGUCUGCAGCUAAAGAUUUUAUUAGAUAAUGUUUAACUAUUGAUGAUAACAGAAGAAUGAGAGUACGUGAUAUGGCUAAUCAUUAGUUAAUUAGAUAAGCUAUCUCACCUUCAUUACCUCAAUAAUAACAAUAAUAAUAACAAUAACAAUAAUAUUAAAGAUAAUAAUAACAAAGAUAAGCUAUCACUCCUCCUCCUAAUGAAUAAUAAUAAUAAUAAAGAGUUAAACGAUCAUUAAGUUAAGGAGGUAAAUAAGAUAUUAGAUAUAAAGAUAAUAAAGAAAACUAUUGUCAAUAAGUUAAUUAAUAACCACAAAAACCUCCAUAAGUUGAUAAUAAUAAUAAAUAGCCCUUAUAACCUACUUAAUAGAAUGUCUAAAGAUCUACUAGUUAAUAAUAAGUUCAAAAACAUUAUAUCAAACAAAAAACAUAACCUGCUGAAGACAUUAAAAAUUUACCUAUUUCUAUUGAAUGCAGACUUAAUAAUGACAUUUUAUUUACUCAAGUCAAUUUUUGUAGAUUCCUAUAUAAGUUCUCUUCCACUCUACUCUAAUGCAAAGUUAUUAAUACUGAAUUAAAGGAUAAAUUACUUUUUUUAAUGGGCAAAAAUAUUGCCAUCAAAAUCACAAAACUUAAUUCAAUUACAGAUAAAGAAAAUACUUAACCUAAUUACUUACAAUUAGAAGAUUUAACUUCUUAUAAAAAAACUGAUUCUUAUCACAAAUUUACUUAAGCUAUUAUUGAAUAUAAUGAAAAAUAUAUGAAAUAUUUUGAUAAACUUCUUAAAUUAUGCAACUCUAAAUCAGGUAUUAUUAUAUAUUUUAGUAUUUUAGAACUUUAAAAAGAUACAACAUUUGUCUGUCUCUUAAACUAAGACUUUACAGAAACAGAAACAUUUUAUCGAAUAACUCAAUAAUAUAUCAAAUAAAGUUUGAAUGAAAUCAAAAACUACUUUAGAUAACAAAACUUACAAAACAUUAAUCUCGAUUCUCCUAUCACAGAAGAUGUAAAUUAAUAAAGUAUUUAGAUUCAAUUGCCAGGACAUAUUUUAUAAGUACUUAGCAAUUAUUAUCUUUUACUUCAAAAAGCUAUUGAAUACUUGAAGGAUUAUAGGGGUUUUGUGAAAUGUGCCCAAAAAGAUUUAAUGACUGAUAAACCAUAAGAAAUUCUCACAUAUGGGAUAUUAGAAUAAUUAAUGGUUAGAUUGCUAUGA